CAUGGCAUUGAUUUUAUUGUUGUUGAAAUUUCCUGAAAAUGAAAUGAAUUGUUCAUGAGUAAAGUGAUAUGUGAUUUACCAUCGCUACUCAUAUUAUAUUUGGUGUGGUGUACGCGAUUCAUCCGUGGUUGUUAAACACUAACAGUGGUUUGGGUCUGUGACAAUGGAAGAAGACGACAGUACUUGGUUGAUUGAACUGGAAUCGGCGCUUCUCGAUGGUUGCUCUGCUCACGAAAUAAACAUGCUCACAAAAGGUAAAAAGAUUCCAGAAAGCCUGCGUCCUGACGUUUGGCUCCUCUGUCUCAAUUGCCAAGAUGCUAGCAACCAGCUGUUGCUCUUCGAUGAAAUCUUUGAUUUGACCAAUCAGAACGAACUGAGAGAUGAUGUGAAGAAGUUUGUAAAAAGUCUGGGUAAUGAUGAUGAUGAUAAACUCUCAGUCAUUUCUGACAUUGAAUCAAUUAUCACAUUUUACUGCAAGUCCAAAUCCAUUCAAUACACGUCUAAUAAUGGAUGGAUUGAAAUUUUAUUGCCAUUGUUGAGUUUAAAAUUACCAAGGGCAGAUACAUACAAUUUGUUUGAAAAAGUAAUAAACCUAUACAUUCCAAAAGGCUGUACUAAAAAUGGUGUACCAUUUCAUAUACUGCGGUUGGUUCUACAAUAUCAUGACCCAGAGCUGUGUUCGUUCUUGGACACCAAGAGGAUAACUCCAGAGCAGUACUGCUUGCCGUGGCUCAGGUCUCUCUUUGCUGGAACAUGCAGUUUGGAUGUUGUUCUCUUCAUGUGGGACUUGUACUUUCAGAGAUCUGAUCCCUUCUUCAUUUUCUUUCUCUGUUUAAUAAUGAUAAUAAACUCUAGAGAACAACUGCUCCAAAUGAAGAAUGAAGACAAAUCUGAAAUAAUUGAAACUCUGAGCAGAAUGCCGGCUGAUUUGGAAGCACCUGAUGUUUCAGAUUUUUGCUCAUUAGCUCAUUAUUAUUCCUUAAAAACACCAGUUUCAUUCCGAGAUGAUGUCCUAGAUGUUUUGUUUUCAACAAAUGGCCUCGAGAUUAACUCUAAACUUUAUUCUCAAGCCCUCUGUCUUCCUGUAGCGGUCCAUGAACUAAUAGAGAGUGCCACCGUAGAUGCAUCAGACAUAGAUAGUGUUAAGUACUUCUUGGUUGAUUGCCGGCCAGCAGAGCAGUACAAUGCCGGGCACUUGUCUACUGCCUUCCAUUUAGAUUGCAAUCUCAUGCUCCAAGAACCAAAUGCAUUUAAUACUGCAGUACAAGGCUUACUCAAUGCCCAGCGACAGGCGUUGGCUGCUGGAUCAUUGGCAGCCGGUGAACAUCUAUGUUUUGUUGGUUCUGGUAGGACAGAGGAGGACAGCUAUGCACACAUGGUUAUAGCAUCAUUCUUAAAAAGGAAUACCAAAUAUAUCUCAAUGCUGGAUGGUGGAUUUGUAGCCAUACAUGACUACUUCGGUCCCCACAUGACAGAUUGCUUGGAAGAACACAAUCCAGCCUCAUGCUUAGUCUGUGCCCCGCAAAAUAACAAUGACGGAGUUGAAUCACACCAAAGUAACACAAGAGACAAUGCACCGGCCAUACAGUUGUUUAGCAAACUUUCAUCAGCGAUGAAGGCUAAAAGUCAAGAAGUGAAAGGCAAGUUGAUAGAAUAUAUUGUGAAUCCAAAUGCUACUGGGGCUACUGGGGAAUGGCACGUUUCCGCCAGCGACAGGAAAGAGCAGAGAUACCGUAAUGUUCCGCCAGUGUUCAGUAUUAAUGACGAAGACGAUGAUUCUCGUUCAGAUUCCAGAAAGGACCUGGCAGACUCAGAUAUGUUGGAAGAAACCGUGGAUCUUAACACAUUCCUAAAAGAGCACAAUGUCGUCGACAAUUUCUUGUGUCAAGAGGUGCUACUCAAUGGUUACAUGUAUGACUCCUGCCUAGUUGUUACCGAGACACAUUUAAUAGUUCUGCGGGACAUUCCAAACAAGCGGGGCAUGUACAAGGUGUUGUCUCGAAGGCCGCUCUCGACCAUAGUGAAGAUAACGGCAAAAAAGCGGCACCCAGAACUGAUCACAUUCAAGUACGGCGUGCCCGACGGAGAUAACUUGCUAAUUAAGGAUAUGGAUCGUUUUUUGAUACCCAACGCGUCGCUGGCGACUAAAGUGGUCUCCAACCAGAUAGUGCAACAGCUGGACAACAAAUAAACCAUUUUAAUGUAGAAACUAGAAUGAUUCCAAAAGGUACUAUAAAUUCGCCUCAGUAUUCGACUUUGAACCCAAUUAGUGUAGUAUAAGCUUUAUUAUUAUUAAUUAUACUUGUUGAUAAAUCUAGACGUGGAUCUUUAAUUUUACAAAAUUAUAAAAGUAUUCGUAAACAUUUGAUAGGCUACUCAGCGAGAGUUAAAGCA